CUACCAUAUGAGAAAAAGCUAUUGAUCGUAAUAAUACUGUGCCCAUGUAACUUUUGUUUUCCAGGCCACUCUUCAUCCCUCCUGCCCCUGUGUGCCUCUGUGUCUUUGCUGGGCGGCCUGACCUUUGGUUACGAACUGGCAGUCAUCUCGGGUGCCCUGCUCCCACUGCAGCUUGACUUUGGGCUAAGCUGCUCAGAACAGGAGCUCCUGGUGGGCAGCCUGCUCCUGGGGGCUCUCCUUGCCUCCCUGGUAGGGGGCUUCCUCAUCGACCGCUAUGGCAGGAAACAAGCCAUCCUCGGGAGCAACUUGGCGCUGCUAGCAGGCAGCCUGAGCCUAGGCCUGGCCAGCUCCCUGACCUGGCUGGUCCUGGGCCGCUCAGCAGCUGGCUUUGCCAUCUCCCUCUCCUCCAUGGCCUGCUGUAUCUAUGUGUCAGAGCUGGUGGGGCCACGGCAGCGGGGAGUGCUAGUGUCCCUCUACGAGGCAGGCAUCACCGUGGGCAUCCUGCUCUCCUACGCACUCAACUAUGCACUGGCCGGUACUCCCUGGGGAUGGAGGCAUAUGUUUGGCUGGGCGGCUGCACCUGCCCUCCUGCAGUCCCUCAGCCUCCUCUUUCUCCCUGCUGGUACAGAUGAGGCUGCAGCCCAUAAGGACCUCAUCCCCCUCCAGGGAGGCGAGGCCACGAAGCUGGGCCUGGAGAGGCCAAGAUACUCCUUCCUGGACCUCUUUAGGGCAAGGGGUAACAUGCGAGGCCGGACCACGGUGGGGCUGGGGCUGGUGCUUUUCCAGCAGCUGACAGGGCAGCCCAACGUGCUAUGCUAUGCCUCCACCAUCUUCCGCUCAGUCGGAUUCCUUGGGGGCUCCUCAGCUGUGCUGGCCUCUGUGGGGCUCGGUGCUGUGAAGGUGGCGGCCACCCUGACCGCCAUGGGGCUGGUGGACCGAGCAGGCCGCAGGGCCUUGUUGCUAGCGGGCUGUGCCCUCAUGGCUCUCUCGGUCAGUGGCAUCGGCCUCAUCAGCUUUGCUGUGCCCAUGGAUUCAGGACCAAGUUGCCUGGCUGAGCCCAAUGCCACCAGGCUGUCAGGUCUCCCUGGAGACUCUGGCCUGCCCAGGGGCUUGUCUCCACCUCUGCUGCCAACAACCAGCCACAGCCCAGGGGAUCCAGUCUUGUCAACCUCUGAGAAAGCCAAGCCUCAUCCGGGGGCUGGGGCCCCCACUGCUUCUCCCCCACCGGCUCUGAGCACCGCCCCUCCUGCCCCCGGGCGGGCCCUGCUGCACUGGACCGCGCUGGUCUGCAUGAUGGUCUUCGUGAGCGCCUUCUCCUUUGGAUUUGGGCCAGUGACCUGGCUCGUCCUCAGCGAGAUUUACCCCGUGGAGAUCAGAGGGAGGGCCUUUGCCUUCUGCAACAGCUUCAACUGGGCCGCCAACCUCUUCAUCAGCCUCUCCUUCCUCGACCUCAUCGGUGCCAUCGGUUUGUCCUGGACCUUCCUACUCUAUGGGCUGACUGCUGUCCUCGGCCUGGGUUUCAUAUAUUUAUUUGUCCCGGAAACAAAAGGCCAGUCAUUUGCAGAGAUAGACCAGCAAUUCCAGAGGAGACGGUUCACCCUGAGCUUUGGCCAUAGGCAGAGCUCGGCUAGCGUCCAGUACAGCCGCAUCGAGGCCUCUGCAGCCUCCUGACGAGUCCAUCUUCCCAGAAGAUGCUGGAGCCAUGGCUUUGGCAGACAGUCUUCAGCUUCCUCCUUGCCUGGGAUCCAGGGCACAAGUUCUGAGGUGGUCCUUCAAGAGUCGCCCCUGCUCCAGAAGAGGUUUGUUUUGCUGGCACAAAAGGGAUGAAAAUAUGAGAACCCAAAAGUCUUCAUUUUGGGUCUCUAACUCUGAGGGUUCCUGAGGCUCUGCAUUUUGCCUCGGUUUCCCCAUCAGCUCUGUGCAUCUCUGCAGUAACAAACUCAUAAUGAGAACAUCUUGUGGAACUUGUUGCUCCAUGACUCUCAAAGAGUCUCUAGGGUACCAACCUGGCAGGAAGCCUCUCCGGGAAUCAUCCCUAAAUCCAGCUGAGAAAGCCGUAUUCUCUGCUCUCUACUUUCAUCUGGCUGGGACUUUUUGCUGAGGUAGAAGCCAGCUUUUUGGCUCUUGGAUCUCAUUUUGUUCAACUCCUCUAAGUCUCUUACUCAGAAUAUUUGUCAUUCACCAGCAACUCAGAUGGUUGGUAGGAGGCUAGAGUUCUAGUCCUGAGUCCGCUGGUCUUAUUGCUGUCUGACCGUGGGGCUCAAUUUCCCCCAUAUGUACAAUGGGAGAGCCAAACCUGGUGGUGCUUAAGAUCUCUUCUGAUGCCAAUGAGCUGGGAUUCUAAAUGCUGGCAAUAUCAGAUAUUCAACAUGGGCCCUGCUCUCAAGUUGCUAGUCAUCUCUUUAGGGGAUAUAAGUUUUAAUUAGGGAAAAGGUGAACAGAAUUCCAGAGUUGUGUGCACUAAAAUCCAAGGGCCAUUACAUGCAUGUAAUGUGCUCCAGAAGCUGUUUCCAGGAUGGUGCAGGAGGACUUUGCAGGAAAUGAGUUUGGAAACCUGCUUGUCGGUGUUGCCUCCACCUAUUGGCAGCUACUGACCUUGGGUAAGUGACAACUCUCUUGAGCCUCAGUCUCCACUUCUGCAGAAUGGGUAUGCUUGUGUACCUCCCCACCCCCAGGAUGUAUUUAACCUCUGUCUCCCACCAAGGGGGUCUUCAACUGGUCCCAUUCAGCUGGUCAUGAUGGAGGGCUUUUCUAUUCAUCCUCAAUACCCAGACCCCCCACCUUUGAGACACUACAAAGGGUCACCCCCACCAAGGGGUGAGUCAGUGGAGACUCAGCAAGGAGCUCAGCCCCUACAGGACUCUGGCUCCUCCUGAGUCCUCCUCUCCUCUCAUUUCUAGAUACUUCCCUUAUAUCCAGUGAUGUGUUGGAGCUGGCUUGUGCUGGCUUAUGAGAGCCAAUUGUUAAAUUUUGAGGAUUUUUGCAAGCUGGUUGUUAAACACAGCUGCUAAAAAAGUUAAAUUAUAUAAACUUAGAUUCUAUUAAAAACCAAGGGAGUAUAAGCUAAAAACUCAUCACUUCCUUAUCUUACUACAUUUUGCUGUAUUAUCUGUGCUCUUAAGAUUACUGAUAUCUAUUGUAUCACAUGAGGAACAAUGAGGGGAGGGGGAGAGCUCCA